AUGUACGGUGGAGUCGGGCCCGUGCUCCAGCCGUUUUCCGCCGAGAGCUUUCCAGAGGACGGGCUGGCACUCCGCUUCUGGAGCUUCCUUCGGCAGGUCCAGAAUCUGAGCGGCGCCAAGGGCUUCAAGAUCACAGACGAUGCGUUCUGCGGGGGGGAGGACCAGAAGGCCUACGACGACGUCCUCAUGGAUAGCGUCUUCGGCAUCGUGCCGAAGGGGAGCGAGCACUACAGCCACAGGCUGACGGAGGUCAUCGCCGCCGGGGCCGUGCCCGUCAUCAUCAACGACGACUUCUUGGCGCCCUACGCGCUGGGUGACGUGGACAAGUGGGCCGUGAGGGUGCCCGAGUUCACCGUGGGCCUGAUGCCCGCCAAGCUGGAAAGCAUGUCCAACGCCAGCAUCUGCGAGAUGAAGAGAAGGGGUGCUGGCCUGAUGCAUUUU